GGAUUGAUCGGUGCCUCCGUUCAUUCACUCACUAACCACCCCCUUUCAUCAGACUGGCGUGACCUAUUGGAGCACACAGAAGGAUAUAAAUACAGGAGAGAACCAUCCCCAGACAUCACCCUGAACCUGGAGCAGUCUCUGCAGGACACCAGGCUCUCAGCACUCUGACACCAUGAAGGCUCUGAGGACCAUCACACUAACUUAUGUUCUCACUCUGCUACUGUUGGCAACGUUCAUCUCACAGUCAUGGAGCGCACCAAAGGGCUCCUAUCAGCGGAGAAACUGGACCCCGCAGGCCAUGCUGUACUUGAAGGGCACACAGGGACGCAGGUUCAUCUCAGAGGACCGAAAGGAGGGAGAUGUCUAUGACACACUGCAUUUAGAGACCCGCAGUCAGAACACAGAAAAGCUGAGUGUGGAUCAGGCUGCCACUGUCCUGCUGAACUUCCUGCAGCAGGCCAGAGAGGGAGCCGAUGAAAAUCCAGACGAGGUGUAUUUCCAGGAGCUGCCAGUGUGGAAGAGAGAAUACUUCUGAUAGUGUUUGUAAAGCUGUCACGCAGCAUCGUCUUUGAUUUAAAGUUUUCUGUUCUGAGCGAAGGAAGGGAACAGCUGUUUUAUAAAUAUCACUUCUCUGACAAAGUUUGAAAUGUGCCGUUUUAAUAAAAAGAUUUGAAUUCAUAGCA